UUCUGGGUUUGUGCUCCCUCUGUUGGUCCCUGGUGUUAGUGUUCCCCUGUCUUGUCAGGUUAAUCAGGUCCAGCUGUGUAUUUAUAGUGUGUGUUUGCCUCUGUUCCUCGUCGCGUUGUCUGUGUUCAUCCUCUGUGUUACCCUGCGUACUCUGCAUUUCUCCGUGAAUCCCCUGCUGUCCUCCCUUCAUGUUCAGGUUUUCUACUCUUUGGUUUAGUUUCUCCCAGUUUAGUUCAUCCUUAGUUCUGUUUUGCCAUCCCCACUUUAUGUUCGGUGUUCUUAAUAAAUCACCCUCACAUCUGAAUAAGUGCUGCAUUUGAGUCCUCCUUCCACACAUCACACGGCUGCUGCACCAGUCGUGACAGUACGACGCGACCACAAGAUGGACCCAGCAGCACUUAAUCCAUCUAAGGAGCUAUGGGAGAAUCUCAUCGAUGCCUUACAAGAGCUCAUCGACCUGUGGCUGGAAAGCUCGGAUGACAAGUCCCAUCACGCUAUAGAGAGGCGGCUACAACGUCUGGUGACCGGUCUCCCAUGGCUUCUGGGCUCGCUAUAUCCGUGGGAGCAGGAAUUUCUCCUUUUGGAUCUUGGACUUCAUCCCCCGUCUGCAUUCACUUUCGAGCAGCCAGAUGCGGUGAGUGAGCGGGAUACUUUGGCUUCCCCAGAUUCCGGGACUUUGUUUUCGGGGGCUAUUCAGAGCGGGAUGAGAGAUAGUAUGUGUAGCUUACCUACCUUUGUGGUAACGGACCCUUCCCAAGUGGGGGUCUAUAAACCUUCUGUUAAACCAAAAGACUGUCUCUGCCGCUCCAGCCGAGCCUGGACUUUAUUGCCACUCUCCAGCUCAGUUUUGUGUUCAGCCGUUAGCUCCCCAGUCAGUAGCACAGCCAUUAGCCUCCGCAGGAGCACUAUUAACUGUUCAGCCACCAUUUCGGUCAGCCACUCAGCUACCAUCACCACUAGCAUCACUACAACCCAUAUUUCUGUCCAUGGCUCAGUCAGCAGCUCAGUUAAUGGCUGAGUCACAAUCUUCACUCGCCCCUCUACAGGAAGCUAUGCCCAUACACCCCUUAAAGGACUGUUUUUCCGCCGCUGUUUCUGAGCAGGGAGACAAACUGUUUCACAAUGGACCUGUUCCUCAAAAGCUGGCAACAUUAGAGACUACUACUCACUCCAGGGCUUCCCCAGAGGCUGGGUUACAACCCUCAGCUUACUCUGGACCCCUGGAGGCCAAGAUGCCAGCUAGGGACUGCACCCGGCUGUCACUGCCUGAGCAGAGUCAGUGCUCUGCGCAACUGCAGCCUUCCUCAUGUGUGCCAGAGGCCCAUGUGCCUACUGGUUUUGUUUCACAUUCACCAGAGGCCCACGAGCCUGCUGGUUUUGUUUUGUGUGUGCCAGGGGCGCCCAUGCCUACUGGUUUUGAGCCUGUUUUUGCUGGGGGGACCAAGGAGCCCAUCCAGCCUUCGCCAUCAUCAGCAGCUUCCGCUGAGGGGUCUCAGGAACCUCUUCAGCCUGUUGCUUUCGCUGGGGGGACCGAGGAACCCAUCCAGCUUUCACCAUCGCCUGCAGUGCCACCACCUGCAGCGCCUUCGUCUCCAGCUUCCACGCCGCCGCCUGCAGUGCCUUCGUCUCCGGCUUCCACACCGCCGCCUGCAGCGACAUUCUCGUCUGGUCCAGUUUCAGAGCCUUCAGCCUCACCUGGUCCAGCUUCAGCCUCAGCUUCGCCUUCGCCCAGUCCAGCGCCGGCAUCGGCGUCAUCCACGCCUGGUCCAGCGCCGGCAUCGGCGUCAUCCAAGCCUGGUCCAGCGUCGGCAUCGGUGUCAUCCAUGCCUGGUCCACCCAGAGGCUUCAUCAUCCUCAUCAUCACCUGCUGCAUCAGCUUUGGCUUCGCCCGGCCUCUGCUUCAGCUCUGGCUUCGCCUGGCCCGGCCUCUGCUUCAGCUCCAACCCCGCCUGCACCACCUCAUCAUCACUGGCCGUUUUCUAGGCCGCUGGCUGGUCGUCAUCGCCGUUGUGGACGCCCUCCUGAACGAGGUCGCCGCCGCCACUGCCUUCCGCAUGGACGGCCUCCUGAACUGUUUGCGCGCCGCCACGGCCUUCUUCGUGGCCGGCCUCCUGAACUGUCCCAUCCUGGCCUUCUGUGCUAUUGGCCCCCAGGCCGGCCACCUGAACUAUGUUUCGGACUCCCAGUCCCCUGUGUGUUUUGUUAACGUUUUGUUUGGGACUCUGGGGCCUCCAUUUUUUUCCUGGUCCAGUCCCUCUGUCCUGGACCCCCUACCGCCCACCCGGGUCUGGUGGUGUUUUUCUGUGGCUGUCGGGAGCCAGCCCUUGGGGGGUACUGUCAUGAUCCUGAGUCCGUGA